AUGGAAGGGAAAACGUUCGAAGAUGUGACUUUCGAGUUACUUUCAAGGUAUAUAGACAAAUGCAAAUGUUUUUUUUUUUUUUAUUACAGAGUGAGUCCCGUGAAACUGAAAAGAAGUGAUAUUCCGUUCGACUCCGUCCGCGAACUUGUACUGAAUGAGGUUUUUUUUCUUUCAAAUUAAUUUUUGGCUAUUACGAGGUUUUUGAAGGCUUUCUUAUUUCAUCUCUGUAUUUCAAGUUUGAUGAUGUUUGGUUUGAGAUAAGCGGAAGACGGCAGAAGAUACAACAGGCGACUGGAAGUCCAGUAGCGACGCCAUCGCCUGGUGGCGAGCAACCCUUCGGAAAUGAAGGAAGUCAACUUCUCCGCAUUUCGUCUUCCAGUUUUUUGAGUAACUGUACGUUCAUCUUUUCUUGAAAGCUAUUAUUACGAGAAAAUAAAAUAAAUUUUAAAGUCUGAAGCAAAACCACCAAACGUUUUUUUGAUGAUUUUUUUCUCAUGUUUUUUUCCUAAAACGCAACUUUUUUAAACCUCAUAAUGUGGAAAGAAAAAACUCAGAUAACUUAUUUCAAGAGAUAAGGGCAGUUAACUGAUAAGAUAAAAAUGGGAAUUCAAUUUCGACUUCGUUUGUCGUCGUACAAUUAUGAUCUUGCAGUUUUGAUCGAAGACGAGGAUUCGCGGAUGUCAACUGACCUCGACUCGGAAGAUUCCUUCUCGAGGCUUUCGGUCGACGAAGACGUCCGUAAGUCGCUUACAGGUACGUUUUUUUCUCGAGAAAUUUUUUUAUGUAUUUAUAAGUAUUUCAAAAAAAUGUCGAAUUCAAAAAGAUUCAAACAGUAGGGUUUAUAAAUUCUUCAAAAGUAAGAUUCUUUUUUUUUGAAAUUGCGUGGAGUUUGUGUUGUGCUCAAAGUCAUUUCCGCGGAAGGCAAAAUUAUCUCUGAUUCUCCUGGUUUUAGUUAUCUGUUUUUUUCUCUGACGAUUAUUUUGAAUUUUGCGGAAUCACUUUGAACACGGCAUUUCGUUUGAAUCGCGGCUCGUAUCUUCGAAAAGUGAAGAACAUUCCAAAACGAGAGGGUCGCCGUUUUUUUCUCUGAACGCCCUCUUGGUUACCAGUGCUCUCACAGCUUUUGAAGAUUCGAACGUAUUCUCAAUGCGUGCUUCUACUUAUCUAUUUUCUCUAUACUCAGGAACUCUAGAGGGGUCUCUAUAGGGGCCACUCAAGCUAGCAAAAGCGUUCUCUAUAGGGGUUUACUCAGUGGCCCCUAUAGGGGACAUGCUAGUCGAUAGUUUGUAUGAAAUCUAUGCGAAGAAGCCCCUAGAGGGACUACUUAAGCAUUAGGGGCUGAGGAGUCAGACCCUGAGCCCCUAUAGGGACCACUUUGAUUUUGUCUUUAUAGAGAGCACUUUUUCGGCCCUUCACCCCUAUAGGGACCAAUUUUUUUUCUUUUAAUUCUUAAGUAUCUCAGUAUUUCCGAUUUCAAACCAAUUUUGCAGAAAUUAGGACAAAGUCUCGCAAUUUUUCAAGAGUGUCGUAAUUUUAUCGUGAAUUGUUUUUUUUUAGGCCUGACAUCGCGAAGCGGGACAAAUGGAACCGAAGCGAAAGAGGCAAACUCGGGGCCAAAAAAAGUGUUGAGCAACCGGGCUCGCCGGCUUGCAGAAUUGAGGACCGCCCGUGCCCAGACUUACAAAACGUCCCACUUCAAGGAACUAAGUUGAUUAUUCAGAAUUGACCCCCGCGAAACUGUUUUUGAUUUUCAGACUGUGAAGAAAGAGAUUUGCCGCACCACUUUGAAUCUGUUUAUUUGCAGCUUCUUGAGAAUAAUGUCUGCCCUGUGAAUAUAUUUUACAUUAUUUUGAAUACUUUGGAUGCCUUUUUUCGCGCCAAAACUUGGGAUCACAAUCGUACGGUAAUUUGAUAAAUGGUAGAACAGGUUAUAACUUCGUCUUUUCAGAAACUCUCUCACGAAUUCCUUGAAAAAAGCGUGUUUCUGAGUUGCGAAGAACUCAACGAAGCUCACGAGGUGAAGGAACUUUCCGACGAGCGUCGAGUGAAGGAAGUUAUGAUUCAGGUGAACACAUUGAGAAAAUUCCAGAAUUGUCCCCCUCCAAAAAAGGUAACAAGGGGGGAGGGGUUAUAUUUUAUUCUAGAAUCGCCUCCCAUAGUGCUAAGUGGGUGACGAUUCUAGAAGGCCUAGACAAACUUAAAGAAUCCCCUCCCCCCUCCAAACUUUAUAAUAUGGAAAGCAUUCUGGAACAGUCCAAAUAUAUUUGCAGAGAUCAAAAACACCUGAAUUCCAAGUCGAGAACUUACUGAAACUCUUUAUUCCAGAUUUUGAUUGGACUACACUUGUACCAGUGGCGGUCGGAUGAGAAAUACAUUGGCGAUGUGAGAUUUCCGAGAUUUCUGAUAUAAAAUAUGUUUUAUCAGGUCGUCAAUAAACUACGAAUCGUUUAUAUGGCUUCCGAACCUCACAAAAUGAAGCAGUUUUUGGAAGAACCCAUCACGGACAUGUGAGUUCUGAACACUGAAAUGUUGCAAGGUUCAACAGUUUUCAGUUUCGUAAAUCACAUCCCCCAAUGUUUGGCCACUAUUUACGACGAGCUGUGUAUUGUUCUACCUCCGGAUCUUGCUCAUUAUGACACCGGCUUCAAGGUUUUUCUUUACAUAUUCAUUUUCCAACCUCUCAAUUAGUUACUAGAUUAAUAUCGGUUUUUAUUCACAGUUAGAAAAUUUUUUUCUCAUCGUAUAUACUGUCUUUGAUUGCUUAUUUAAACGAUCACUUGGUGUAUUCAAUUUUUAUUCUUUUAUCUAGCGAAAAUAUGUGAGUAUUUUUUUGGGUUAGUUAAUAACUUUGUUUAAAAACGAGAUCUGAAAAUUGGAAAAAAAGGAUUUUUUUCAAAGCUAAAGACUAUGCUAGAAAGUAUUAGAUCUGCUCUACUUGAUUUUUUUGGAUUCGAAGGCGAAUAAAAAAAUUUGAAAUGAAAUUAAGCCAGUCAUACCGAUUUACUGGCUUUGUUGCAUUUUUUUCACUUGUCGUUCAGAUUUUUUUGCGAUUUAGAUUAAUAUUCAUUCUCUUGGUUUAAAACCAUCAUUUCAAAAACUGUCGUUAACAUCCUUUUUACUUAAUGUGCUUAAAAUUUAGGUUCAUAUUGAUUUUUGACAAAGCUACGGACGAAAAUCCGUAAAUUCACCUAUUUUUCGCUACUAUAUAUUUCGCUACUAUAGCUGAUGAAAUGCUAUUUUAUAGUAAGUGCUUUUUAAUGCCGCGAAAUACAAAAUAGCGGUCAGAGAAAGAAAAAGUUAAUUCAAGAGAGUUAGGAGAGUUAGAGAUAAUUUUGCAAACACGGCAUAGCAUUAAGACAAUGUAGAGAGCUAGUUUGUUAGAUUGAAAAAGGUGUACAGGUGAUGGACGACGCGGUGCUGACUGUGCGACGAAACGGAAACGCCAAGCAGCUGGAGCAGCUCCUCGAAGAAGCACGAGAAGACGCUGGCGAGUUGCCAAACAGCCAGUCGCCCCCUUCGAGACGCCGCGCCGUUAAGCGUGAACGCGCAACUGAUAACGCUCUCUCUCUCCGAGGUUCAUUUUCUUCUUCUCUUUUUUUUCAUUUAUCGCAAAUUUGUGGCUUUUCAUUCAAGAUUUUUCCUUGCUCUAUAUUGAAAAGUAGCGUGAAUUCCAAAAAACCACGUAACUUUUUGACAAACUUUGCGGAGAACAACUGACACCGAUAUCUUAUCAGUGCCACUCACGCUCAUUAUUUUCUUUCUGGUCAGUUAGUUUCACUCCGAUUUUUUUUCUUCACAUUUCUUUUUUUCAUGUUUAUUUAACUCUUCGAUAACUUUUUUUCCGCUCAUUCUCUUCCAUUUUUUUUCCUGACAAGGAAUUUUCAUUUUACUUUGUGAUUAGAACUUCUCUGAAUAUUGGUCAAAGCAUUUUUAAUGUACCAAAAGAAGAUUCUGGAAGUGUCAACGUGCAAAACUUCCUAGUUUUUGAGAUACCAGUUUUUCAAGUUUGCGUUUUAAAACACGGAAAUGGCCCCCACAAGAAGGUCAUUUUAAUUUACGACUUGGAAAUUUCUACAAAUUUGCUCGAACAAUCUUUGAAGGUUUAUAUGAAGAUCCAUCAAAGUUGCAACCCGCGCCAGCUUCUAGUUUUUGAGAUAAUCAUUUUUUUAAAGUUCGAGAAGAAGUCUCAAAAUUUCAUAUUCCGCAAUUAUAAAAAAAAACCCUCUUUUAAGCCUGUUUUUCUUCAUUGAAAUGCAACUAAAAAAAAUUUUUUUGAGCUUUUUUUAUCAAACAAAAAAACAAAAAAAGAAAUAAUAAUAUUAGGAAAAGAUCAUAACAGUUAAAGACUGGAGUAUUAGAACUAUUGAACUCGGCUUACUUUGGCCGAGUUUCUUGGGCAAAACACGCUUUCCUUUCCAUCUGAUUGUCGCGAUUUGUUUGCUGUAGGAAGCGGACUCCCGCCGAAAGUCCACUCUUCUCUCACUUUCUCUGUGUAAUGUUGGCGAUAUGACUGUAAAAAACCCCCCUUUCUGCUGUUUGUUUUCUUUUUCAUGGAACUUCUUGUUUUAUUGUUCUUUCUUCUAUCGAUCGUUCCAUUUUUGAACCAAGAAGAACAAAAAUCUAGCUGAGGGCUUUGAUUUCUCACAUAUAGGCAGAGUUGGAAAGGGAGGAAAAAGGCUCCGUAGAAAUGUUUCUUUAAGGGUGACAAAGGUUCCUUUUUUGCUGCCUUUUGCGCCAUUUCAUUGGUUCUUAUGCUCCAUUUUAGCUGUCUUUCUCUUUUUCCAUCAUUUCUUGAGCCUUCAAAAUUCUAGAAAAAUGGAAAACUCGAUAAGGGACUAUUUUUGCUGUCUUUCUGCGGCCUUUUUUGAACCUCUCCCUUUUAGCAGCCAUUAUCCACCAUUCCGCCCGAGUUGCAUUAAAAAAACAAAAUGAUUUACUUUUUCAAUAAUAUUUUUUUGUUUUUGUUUGGAACUUUUUAAAAAAAUUAACCGAAAGAUGGAAAAACUGUUCUCGGAUAGCAUUUCAACUUUCAUAUCUCUUCUAUAGGUGUAGGGACCGCCAAGAUUUAUUUUUUGAAUCUAGCUGAAUCAAUUCAUCCACUCAUUCGUUUCAUUGUGCUUUCUUUUGCGAGAAAUCUGAAUACAUGUUGCAAAUUUGACAAUGUCAAUAUUUUUUACAGAACCUGAGAGUCCAAAUCGAAGAAGAAACUGCGCCGGAAUCACCAGUCGGUCUGUGAGAAUCGUACAUGAGACUCCCGACGAAAAAUUGAGAAAUAUAAAGGUUAGUUCAAUUUUUCGUUUUGGGUUCGAACGGGAAAUUGAUCUCUCUGAUACGUAUUUUGUACUUCCCGACAUUUAUAUUAGACUUCUUCCUCGAAUAAACGUUUGAAAAAGAUUUGAGCGAAGGUUAUUUAGAUUUUAAAAAUUAUAUCGUCUUCUAUAGCCAAUCUUUCUCGGCUUCUUCUCCUUUUCGACAUUUUCAAUAAGUUGUAUUUUUUAUGGGUUCGAAAAGAUUCAGUUUAACGGAUAACAACGUAAAAAUGAUGAAAAGCUCAUGUUUGUCCAAAUUUAUUUUUCCAUUUGACCUCGAAUUCCCCGCCAAAAAAAGCCGCGUCGAACCUUCCCAAUCCACCCAUCUCGCCGCCAUGAAAAUUUGACUAUAGUUAAAAUCUUUACAGAGAGAAGUGGAAGAUGUGGAGGACUUUGAUGAGGCCGUGAAGCAGACUCCAAUGGCUAAAUUGCGGACGAGAAGCUCGACUUGUUCUCGUCGACUUUCUGAGCUCGUCAAGGUCAGCGAGGAAAGCGCUACUUUGCCUCGAAGUGCCGCCCUCAAGGCUCAAAAGCUUCUGAGUGUGAGUCCGUGUAGAACCUUCAAUGGAAAGCUUGUCUCUUUCAGAGCUCUGAGAACAGUACACCCAGCCGCACUCCACGCAGGACAAGUCGCCAACUUUUGUUCUCCAACAACACGCCGUCUCCAGCUGUUGUCAGGAAGAGCUCCCGUAUCCGAAACAGUACCCUUUCUGUCACCAACCGGCUCAGUGGCGACGCCAGUGAGACACGCUGCACUAGAACCAGGGUACCCGUGUAGUUCAAGAUCUAUCAACGAGUUUUUUCGCAGACAGUUGUCAAAAAAGAGAUUAUCGACGAUGGCUAUGAUGUUGACUGCUUUGUCUCGCCUCAGAAAAGCUCCAAGGCCCGGCGAAAUACGGACCAAGGAGAAGACUCCAACGACGACGAAUCUGACUAUUUUUUCACCAAUCAACAGAUAGCGACGUGAGAAUUGUUUUUUUGCCUUCACUGCAUGCGUCGGCUGAGCCCCCACCCCCCCCGCCUAUUCUAGUAAAUUUUUCGAAAAAAAUUUUUCACGUGCAAAAAGACCGGGGUGCGAUUCAGCCUAUGUAUGCUUCACUUCAAAACACGUUUUUCUUUUAAGUUGGUGAUAGUUUCAACUCGAACUUACUGCUCUCAGUUGUUUUUUUUUGUUAUUAGUCGGACGUUUUUCAGUUACAACAAAAGAAUGGCGGAAGCUAGAGCGAGAUGGUCGAAUAAUGGGCAAGAGGUGGGAAUCAGAUUGAAAUAGUCAGCAGAUAAAUUAUCUAGACGACGGCCGGAAGCAGUUCGAUGGACGCUGGCACUUCCGCGAGUUCGGAUCGCGUCCAGAGAAACCGCGCCCGUCGGGUCAUUCAUCCUCCGCACACCGUCUUUAUGUGUUCGUUUUUUACAAUAUUAACCGAGAGGGUCGGAUCUCUGACUUUUUGGAUUCUGAAACACGAAGAAUUAAUUAAAUUAUGUAUUAAGAGGAAAAAAACAAUCAAAAGAACGGGAAAUUUUUUUGGAUAAAAGCUUCCAAAAAGUAGUCCCCAUAGGGGUUUCAGUUAGUGGCCCCUAUAGAGGACAUGCUAGUCGGUAUUUGUAAACUCUAAGCGAGUGAGCAUUUUCAUGAAAAAAAAAACUGAAUAAAUAAGCGUUUUUGGAUGAAAUUGAAAGACCCCUAUAGGGUCCACUUGAGCUUGAAAGACUAAGGGGUCAGAUACUAAACCCCUAUAGGGACCACCUUAAUUUUACCUCUAUAGAGACCAUUUUUUUUGGUCCCUAUGGGGAUUGUUUUCCUUACCUAUAGGCGCCACUCUGGAAUUCCUAAGCAUUAAUAACUCUCGUGAAAAGUGUAUUGAUCGAUUUUAUCUUGUUUUUUUCAAAAUUCCAGAAUUAUCUAGCGUUUCAUUUCAACUCAAUGUGAAGAAGCUAAAAAUUUUGAGCUGAAAAAAGAGUUUUAUGGACCUUUCAAAUCAAAAACCACGAUGAAACUUUGAAAAUUAAAGAGAACCGGAAACUAGGCCGUGCAAAAAUUUUCAAUGGAUUUUGUUUCAACAUUGUUUGAUUUAUGAACAAAAUAUCUCUCUUUAAUUUUCGUUCCGAAGAGCUUGAACGAUUUCAUUAUUUCACUUCAGCGCACUAUCUUCUGAACGUUUCAAACAACGACCCCGAGAAGAACUUUGAGAGUAACAUCGAAACUUCGGAAGACAUGGUUCCUCUUCUUGUAAGUUCAACAGGUGUGCCUUUCCUCAAUAUUCAUUCUUACAGUUGCAUCGGGUGCUUCGUCCGAAGAAAAACAAGUUCUCGGCGGCAAGGGCCAGAAAAUCUCUGGAUUCGUUUGAAGGCAAGAGGCGCGAAAUCAAAUGCGAAAUCGACGACAUGGAGCAUUCCCGUGAAACCCUCACCGACGAGGAAGAAUCCUAUGACGGCGACAAUCCUUUCGAAGAAGAGGCUGACGACUAA